AUGGACGCAGGCCGAGACCAGGCGAGCAGAAUCAGGCACUUGUGGCUGCUGUCCAUCAAAGAAUCACAGAUGAGGCUGAAAGAUGUUUAUUCAUCAAUAGGAAAGGUCAACACGUAUCAGCUUCUGUAUUGCCGUGUUGGAAUCGGAUAUCAUCUACAGAUCCAGCCCAGUGGAACUGUAAGGGGUGUGCAUACACCGACCAAGCACAGUUGGGUGAAGGUGUUUGCAGUGAAGCCUGGAGUAGUGGGCAUUCGUGGCGUGAUAAGCAGACUGUAUUUAUGUAUGAAUAAAGAAGGAAUCACACAAGGAAUGACACAGUUUUCAUCAGACUGUCUAUUUAAGGAGCACCUACAGGAGAACCACUACACAACAUAUUCAUCUGUAGCUCAUCCAGGCUUAUACCUGGCCCUGUCCAGACAAGGACAUCUCAGGAGAGGAGACCUGGUGCAUCCACACCAUGCCAGCAGUCACUUCCUGCCUCGCAAAGUCUCAAUGAGCUAAACAACAUCACAUCAGCACUUUAAGCACCAACUAUACCCCUCUAUAUACAACUCUGCUUUUGUUCUAAAGAGGAAUAGACUACCUGACGAAAAGAAAUAGUUCCUCAGAGGUAGAAAACAGCUACAAGAUAUCUAACAGGCUGAAUAGAUCACUGUUUAAGAUGCUUAUAGUUGUGUAAUGUUGCAGGCCCCUUUGCACAUUUUCUCCUCUUAAAUUAUUGAUGGAUUGCUGGAACAUGCUUAAAGGUACACACCA